AUGAUUGGGUGUAUGUUCAAUAUUGAUGCUGGUUACUUGGAAGGCCUGUAUAGAGGGUUCAAAUGUGGAAUUCUGAAACAAGCUGAUUACUUUAACUUAGUGCAAUGUGAAACUCUUGAAGAUCUGAAGUUACAUCUUCAGGGCACAGAUUAUGGAAGCUUCUUAGCAAAUGAACCAAGUCCACUCCAAGUGUCUGUCAUCAAUGAUAAGCUGAGAGAAAAAUUGGUUAUCGAAUUUCAGCACAUAAGACAUCAUGCAGCUGAACCAUUGUCCACUUUUCUGGACUAUAUUACGUACAGCUACAUGAUAGAUAACAUCAUUCUUCUUAUCACUGGAACCUUACACCAGCGACCAAUAUCGGAAUUGAUCCCAAAGUGUCACCCACUCGGGAGUUUCGAACAGAUGGAGGCUAUUCAUGUUUCAGCAACACCUGCAGAACUGUACAGUGCAGUCUUGGUUGACACACCACUUGCUCCUGGACGUUUCACGUUCUUUGUGGACUGCAUCAGUGAACAAGAUCUUGAUGAAAUGAAUAUAGAAAUAAUACGAAACACCCUGUACAAGACAUACUUAGAAACAUUCUACUCUUUCUGCAAAGAACUUGGUGGUACAACAGCUGACACUAUGUGUGAAAUUCUUGCUUUUGAAGCAGAUAGACGAGCAAUUAUUAUUACAAUAAAUUCAUUUGGCACUGAAUUAACAAAGGAUGAUCGUGCCAAACUGUAUCCUCGUUGUGGGAAGCUACAUCCUCACGGUCUAGCUGCUUUGGCACGUGCAGAUGACUAUGAACAAGUAAAAGCUGUAGCUGAAUACUAUGCUGAAUACAGUGCUUUAUUCGAAGGUGCAGGGAACAACCCAGGAGAAGAAACACUGGAGGACAAAUUCUUUGAACAUGAGGUACGAUUGAAUGUGAAUGCAUUUUUACAACAGUUCCACUUUGGUGUGUUCUAUUCGUACUUGAAACUGAAGGAACAGGAAUGUCGUAACAUUGUAUCGAUUGCUGAAUGUGUUGCCCAGAAACACAGGGCAAAAACUGAUAACUACAUUCCAAUAUUCUGAGACAAUUUCCACUACUGUAAU